UUUUAACGCUAAAGGCGGUGCGCUUAAGACGUAUAUUGCUACAAAUACAUCUAAUGUUGAAUGCCAAGGAAUAUAUAUAUUUUUUUACGGUGUGGGUUCUGCCAUAUGAACUUGUAAAGAUGAAAAAGAUGACCGUCAUAAACAUAGAUAAAAAGCCCUAGGAAACGUGUUUAAGCAAGAAAAUCUAAAACCUAAAAAACAGCUCGUGUAGCGAUCCAGACGACCGUCUCUUCGUAGCAUGAAAGCCUGCAUAACCAGCAAUGGCGUUACCAGACUUCGACUCCCCCAGCCUUCAGUAUGACAUGAACCACAGGCACCGUGGACACUGCGUUAUAUUCAACCAAGAACACUUUGAUGAAAAUUUAACUCUAUGUACGAGAACGAAUUCUUCCCGUGAUGUGGAUAGGAUGAUGACUUUAUUCAAGGACCUGGGUUUCAUAGUGAGAGCCCACAUUGACCUGCGGAUGGAAGAGAUCAGAGAUGUUCUUGAGGACCUUGCCUUCAACACAGACCACAUUGACUGCGAUGCUCUGGUGAUAGUGUUUAUGUCAACUGGAGGGAAUGAUAUAUUAUAUGCUAAGGAUAAAAAAUUUGACCCUAAUAAGCUCUUGGAAUGCUUCCAUGGAGAUAACUGCGAAUCUCUGGUGGGAAAACCCAAAAUAUUCUUUAUACAGGGGGAUCGGGGUGAUACUUGCGAGACAGGAGUCAAGCUGAACGAGGAGAGGAUUCUGCGUACAAAACAAGAGGCGGUUACCAUAUCAUCAAAGCGGGUGGGAGCAGAAAGUCCCUGGGAUGGAGAUCCAGUGGGUCGCAGGUCCAGUGUACAAGAGCAGAGAUUAAUGCUUAGCUCUUUGGCUGACUUCCUGGUAUGCUGGUCUACUGUAGAUGGUUACUUUUCUUGGCGUAAUGCCACCACUGGCUCGUGGUUUAUUCAAGCCUUGGCCCACGUUUUACCAAGGGACUGUUGCAGGGACGACUUACUCUCCAUGAUUGCCAGCGUUGCUCGUCACAUGAUGAACUUCUCGUCUAAUGCUCCAAAUUCUCCAACGUUUCAUUCGAAGAAACAGAUACCUCAGUGUAGUUCGACUUUGGUGAAAACAUUGUAUUUACGCCCGAAGCCAGCGUACCCAGAAAUAGAAGCAGCAGUGGAAUGAUAAAAAAAAAGAAGUAAGAAAGAAAGAAAGGAAGUGAAGGAGAGGAGAAGAAGAAAUUACAAAAUGAUCCAUCUUUCGGAGUCAUUCAGAAGAAUGAGGAGAAGAAAGAGAGGAAGAGGAAGAUAAUGAGGAAGUUGCAGGUGAAAGUUAGGAAGGAAAAUUGCUCAUAAAAAAAAAAAUCGUAUUAAUCCUUAGAA